AUGCUUGUGAAUUCGGCUGGCAGCAAGCAGCACGGGGCGUAUCCGCAUGAGCUCGCGUACGCAGCUGGGCAGGUGGUAACCUGGUUACUGGCGCUGCGUGUGUUCCUGCUGUAUGGCAAGCGGAGGGAUCAGAGGCUCGUGGGUUCGGCUAGGGUUUGGCUGUUUGCAAAUGCUUGUGCAGUGCUGUUACUUUCUGCUGCUGUGGUGCUUCGGUUUGGUUCACCUGGAGGGUUGAAGGAAGAAGCAGGAGGGGCAGCUGGAGAAGGGGUACUUGUUGGAAGUAGCCCAGGGAAUUUUGGGUUGUGGAGUGAUUUUCUGACACUGGUUACCCUCCCAGUGGCUCUCCUUUUUGGGGCGUUUGCUGUGAAUGGACGGCCAGGAUGGGCUCUUCCCCGUGCAGAAUCUCAGCCAUCGGAUGUUGAAAGUAUAGAGGAUGGGUUACGUACUCCGUUGCUGAUUGGUGGAGGGGCAAUCAGAGAAAGCCACGUGGCAGGGAAGCAGAAGAAGCAGCAUCCGAAAUCGAAUCUCUCUAGACCAACAGGGAAGACGUCAGGAGAAGAAGCAGAGCAGGGGGGGAAGCGGCGACAGUCACACUUAGAGCAGUUGCAGGAUGAAGAGGAGGAGGAGCAGGAACAGAAGAAGCAGCUGCAAAAGGAGCCUCCUAUGACUCUCUACGCCUCUGCUGAUUGGCUCUCGGCGCUCACCUUCGGAUGGGUCUCGCCGUUCCUGGAGGCAGGUUCGGAGAAGACCGUGGCUGUGGAGGACGUGCCGAGCCUACAGGCCUGCGACCGUGCCGAAGCUAAUUUCCGAGCCUUUAAUGCCAGUUGGGCGAGGCAGGUUGCUGCGGCCGAAGCCGCCGAAGCUGCAGCAGCAAGGGGCGGCAGCACCGCUCUCCCUUUCUCAAUCAGCACUUCCUCACUCUCUCAGCUGUUCACCUGUGAAAACCUCUGCACCAUACUCUACCGCUGCGUCUCCGCCCUCUCCUCCUGUCUUCACUCCUUCAAAUCCUUCCUCACCUCACUCUACCGCUCCCCGUACACCCAGCAAGAAGACAGCAAAGUCUCUGCUGCUGCCAAGGAAGAAAAAGAAGAGGAGAGGGAGCAGAUUCAGCCCAAGGCAACGGUCACCCGAGCUCUUUGGGAGUGCUUCUGGAGGCCGCUGGUGCUAACAGGGGUGCUGGCACUGGCCAAGACGGGCGUGAUGUAUGCGGGUCCGCUGCUGCUGGCGAGCUUUGUGCAGUUUGCGGCGGGGGAGAGGGCGUUCCCAGGGGAAGGGGUGGUGCUUGUGGUGGCUCUGUUCCUGUCCAAGGCGAGUGAGAUUGUGCUGGAGCACCAAUUCAACUUCAGAUCCGAGGUGCUUGGACUGGACAUCAAAGCUGCACUCGUGGGCGCGCUGUAUCGCAAGGGGCUGCGAUUGUCCAGCAAGGCGAAGCAGAGGCACACAAUUGGGGAGAUUGUGAAUUACAUGUCCACAGAUGCUCAGCGCUUGGCGGAUCUCAUGUGGGAGCUGCACAACAUCUGGGUGCUGCCGCUGCAGAUCAUCUGUGCUCUCGUCAUCCUCUUCCACGUGGUGGGCAUAUCCAUGCUCGCAGGCCUGGGAGUGAUGCUGGCAGUCAUGCUGGCCAAUCUCCUAGUGGCAUCUGGCAUCCACCGAUUCAUAACAGCCAUCAUGGCAGCCAAGGACGCGCGCAUGAAGGCCACCUCCGAAGCCCUCUCCUCCAUGAAGAUCAUCAAGCUCUACGCGUGGCAGCAGCACUUCCAAGACAAAAUCCAAUCCCUCCGCAACACCGAAGCCUCCUGGCUGGUGAAAUUCAUGGCGUACGCAGCAGUCAACAUCUUCCUCCUCUGGCUGACUCCUCUCGCGGUCUCUGUCGCGACCUUCGGCACGAUGGUGGCGCUCGGCGUGCCACUGACUCCGGCGUCGGUGUUCACUGCGAUUGCGACUUUUAGGAUUCUGCAGGAGCCGCUGCGGUCGUUCCCGUCGGUGAUCAGCGCUGUCACGCAGGCCAUGGUGUCGCUGAAGCGGCUUUCGAGGUUUCUGUCUGAUGAGGAGUUGCAGUGGGAUGCGGUGGAGAGGGUUGGAGGGGGAGAUGGAGGAGGAGGAGGAGGAGGAGGAGGAGAGGGAGUGAGGGAUGUUCUGAAUGGUAGUGCCUGGGAUGCUGACCCAGAGAAGACCACGUUGACUGGCGUUGACCUGGAGAUCAAGAGGGGCAUGCGCGUGGCGGUGUGUGGGACUGUGGGCGCUGGCAAAUCCUCCUUGUUGUCCUGCAUACUGGGAGAGGUUCCGAAGCUUCAAGGGAAGGUGUUUGUGUCUGGUCCCACGGCGUAUGUCCCCCAGUCCGCGUGGAUUCAGAACGCCACCAUCCGGGACAACAUUCUGUUCGGCCAACCCUUGGACCGCACCCGCUACCACCACACGCUGCACCAGUGCUCCCUGCUCGCUGACCUGCGCCUCUUCCCCCUCGGGGCCGACACACAGAUCGGAGAGCGAGGGGUGAAUUUGUCCGGGGGGCAGAAGCAAAGGAUACAGCUGGCGCGGGCGAUGUAUGCAGGGGUGGGGAUGGGUGCGGAGGUGUACCUGCUGGACGAUCCCUUCAGUGCUGUGGACGCUCACACAGGGUCAGAGCUCUUUAUGGAGUAUGUACUCAAGGGGCUGGCAGGGAAAACCGUCAUUCUGGUGACACAUCAAGUGGAAUUCCUUCCCUCUGCUGACCUCAUCCUGGUGAUGAAGGAGGGGCGCAUAGUGCAGUCAGGGCGGUAUGACCAGCUGUUAGCAGAGGGAACGGACUUCUCUGCCCUCGUGGAAGCACAUACUGAUGCGCUGGAGAGUGUUGGGACUGCCACAGCUGCUGCUGCCACUGCUGCCGCUGCUGCUGCUGCUGCCGACGCAGCUGCCGCUGCUUCUUCCUCUGCUCCUCCUCCUGUCGAUUCUAUGACCUCCGCUGCUCUUCCUGCUGAGGCUGCAGCUACUGUUCCUCUCCUCCCCAAGCAGCCCGCCGAUCCUAUCCACAGCAACCCCCACCUCUCGCAGCUUCGGAAAGCCUCCGCGCCGAACCUGCGAAAAGGCUCGGAACCGAACCUGCUGCGCAAGGCCUCGCACUCACAGCUUCGUAAAAUGUCCGAUCCUAUGCUGCUCCACACAGCAUCGCCAGAAUCCCACCAAAUUCUAGAAAACAUGGAAGUGGGGGAAUCAGAUGGUGCUUCUGCUGGUGCAACUGGUGCUGCUAGUGGUGCUUCUGGGGGGGCGGCAGGGGAGGAUGGGGAUGGGCAGUUGAUCAGUGAGGAGGAGCGGGAGUCUGGGCGGGUUUCCUUGGCUGUAUACUGGCAGUACAUGACGAAAGCGAUGGGCGGCUGGCACGUUCCGCUGCUGCUGCUGGUCCAGCUGGCGUGGCAGGCGCUGCAGAUCGGAUCUGACCUGUGGCUGGCCACUUACAGCUCAGCAGGGGCUGGGAACAGCUCAGCAGAAGAAGUCAACUUGACCUCCUCACUCUCCUCUCCUCUCUCCUCCAAUAUCUCUUCCCUCUCCUUCAACCCAUCCCUCUCCUCUUCCCUCUCCUCCCUCUCCUCCCCCUUUUCGUUCCUCACCCCAUCUGCCAUCACCCCGUCAGCCUUCAUGAAACUAUACUCGUUAUUAGCUCUGGGCAGCGGCCUGUUUGUGCUGCUGCGAACAGCAGUCAUAUCAUGGGCGGGCGUUAUGACCACCCAGGCAUUCUUCCGAAGCAUGCUGCAGACUGUGUUCCGAGCGCCCAUGUCUUUUUUCGACUCUACUCCCAUCGGCCGCAUUUUAUCCCGGGCCUCCACUGACCAAAGUGCUCUCGACCUUGACCUGCCAUUUCAGUUCGGUUCACUGCUUGCCAUGGUGUUUCAGCUGCUCGGCAUUCUCUUUGUCACCUCCUACAUCACAUGGCCUGUGUUCUACGCCAUCAUCCCGCUGACGUACCUCUACUUCUCCUUCCAGGAGUAUUAUCUAAUGACAUCCAGGGAGCUCUCUCGUCUCAACGGAGUCACCAAGGCGCCCAUCAUCGAGCAUUUCAGCGAGUCUCUGUCGGGAGCAGCAGUCAUCCGAGCGUUCGCCCAGCAGCCCAGAUUCGCACAGAAGAGCGCCGAGCGGGUCGACACCAACAACCGCGUGGCAUUCCAUUACGGCGCAUGCACUGUGUGGCUGGGGGUCCAUCUGGAGUUGCUGGGCGCUCUGCUUCUCUGCUUCUCUGCCUUGAUGCUGGUGUGGCUGCCCCCUUCAGUCAUCUCCCCCGGCCUUGCCGGCAUGUCUCUGUCAUACGGCUUGGCCCUCUCCCAGGGUCUAUUCUACGUGGUGUGGGUGUGGUGUGCGCUUGAGAACCAAAUGGUCUCAGUCGAGCGAAUCCUGCAGUUCUCCCACCCCAACGUGCCCCCCGAAGCACCGCUCUCCAUCCCUUCCCACCGCCCUCCCUCCUCCUGGCCCAACCACGGCGCAAUCACCUUCGAAAACCUCCAAAUCCGGUACCGCCCAGACCUCCCAUUGGUUCUCAAAGGCGUGAGUUUGCAGAUCAACGGUGGGGAGAAGGUCGGGGUGGUUGGGCGGACCGGCAGCGGGAAAUCAACGCUCGUAGUCGCUCUGUUUCGGCUUGUCGAGCCGACAGCAGGCCGGGUGGUAAUAGAUGGGGUGGAUACCACCAGGAUUGGGCUGACGGACCUGAGGAGCAGGCUCGCGAUCAUUCCUCAGGACCCGACCCUGUUCCAAGGCUCGGUUCGGAUGAAUGUGGACCCGGCGGGGGAGUACAGAGACGAGGAGAUCUGGGAGGCGCUGGAUAGGUGCCAACUGGGGGAGGUGGUUCGUGGCAUGGAGGAGAAGCUUGAAGCGCAAGUGGUGGAAGGAGGGGAGAACUGGAGCGUGGGGCAGAGGCAGCUGUUCUGCCUGGGAAGGGCCCUGCUGAAGCGCACUCGCAUUCUUGUGCUCGAUGAAGCGACGGCGUCCGUUGAUUCGGCAACCGAUGCGGUGAUCCAACGGACGAUAAAGGAGUGCUUUGGCCACGCCACCAUCAUCAGCAUCGCGCAUCGGAUUGCGACUGUUAUUGACAGCAAUAAAGUGGUAGUGAUGGAUCGAGGCACUGUAGCGGAGUGUGACGAGCCAGCCAAGCUACUGGAGGAUAAGACAUCCAUGUUCUCGCGUCUUGUAUCAGAGUACUCUGCUCGCUCCACCGACAUGGCGGAUGUUGCAAGAAGCAUGUCCAUAGACAAUCUUGAAGCUGUGCCUGAAGGCGCGUCAACACAACAGCUGAGGUUCGUCUUCAUUAGCCGUGUUUCCAGCUUUCUUUCGGAAGUCGUUGUUCGAGGACUUCAAAUUCUCCUGCUAAGCGCCAUGGGUGGAGGAAAGUGGCCGCCGCGUGUGCGCAAGGAAGACCCGGAAGGUGAUGGAGGCGGGGAGCCGUCUUGGGAAGUGGUAGUACCGCUGUCACCCACAGAAUCAGACAGUGAAAUCUCGGACACGGAACGACCAGAAGACGAGGAAACAAAGCAGCUGAAAUUCGUGGACACGGAACAGUCAGAAGAGAAGGACUCGGAGCGACUGGAGCACGGACUACAAGUCCCGGUUUCCGAUGGUAUUGAGAUUUCAGGCGACGUAUGCGCUCUCUGCGCUAGUGUGGUUGCUGACGUCGACUCCCCGCCUGCUGACGCUGAAUCUCCUCCUACUGACGUCGAAUCCCCUUCUGCUGAGGUCGACUCACUCCCUGCUGACGUUGACUCCCUUCCUGCUGACGUGGAACGCUUUGAUGCGCCCGAGACUACGUCUGAUGACGCCCCUGACGGUCAGCUGGUAGCUGAGGAGACGGCUGGUGAGGAGCUGGCUGCUGUUCCGGCUGUAGCCUGUGCUGGCGGCUCUGAUGCGCCUGACGCUUCUGACGCUUCUGAGGCUUCUGAGGCUGUUGGCGGUGAGCAGCCGCAGCAGCCAGCUGAACUUACGGCCGAACUCACAGCCGAACGGCUGGCUGACCGUCAGCAGCAGGUAGCUGAGGAGACGGCUGGCGAGGAGCUGGCAGCCGUUCCGGCUGUUGCCUGUGCUGGCGCUUCUGGUGCCUCUGACGCAUCUGCCGAGGAAGGGGAGAAGAGCGAGGGAAUUGAGAUUUCGGAGGGUGUUGCUGCUGGUGGUCGGCACGGGUUGAAGGAGAGAAGCGUGCUACUGCUUGUGGAAGCAGAUCUUUCCGACGCUGCUGCUCACUCCGACGCUGCUGCUCACUCCGACGCUGCUUCCUCUGGCGCUGUUGCUGCAAGCAGCAACCACCAGGCGAAGCUGGCUCGGCGCUUGGCUGGCGCUCUGUUGCACGCUGCAGGUGCCACCUCCCCCUCUCCGGCAGGAACAGGUGCACCUGCCCUAGGUGCCACCUCCACCGCUCCGCUGCUGCUGAGGCCUGCUCUAGGAGAAGCCUCGCUGCGCGUCUUGCCUGCUUUGGGGGAAUUGAACUCAUCUUUGCUAGUCGUGCCCUUUGCCCCUGCAGUAAUGGAAUCUCGUCUACUGGCGGCUGUUCUCGCGUCCGGACUCGAACCUCUGCCUGCUGCUGUUGCUGACGUGGAUAAUCCGAAGGGCAUCAGCCAAAUAGCCGCUGGCACCUCAUCCCCAGACGUCACCUCGUCUUCCUCGUCUGAUUCAAUUCCACCGUUGCACGUCUCAGCGGCUGUGCUUGUGCUCUCGGCAACCCACCUGAACGCACUCCGGCUGCUGCUGUGUGGAAGGGGAGGGGAAAGGGACGAGGAAGAGGAAGAGGAAGAGGAAGGGGGGAGUCAACUGGCUGCGGGCGCUGCUGUUGGAGCACUCCAGGGGCAGUGUCUGAAGCAGCUGCAAGCACAGUUUGAGGCGCUUCGACUCGCGUUCCGAUACACCCAAGGUGGCGUUCCGAUUGCUCUCCUCGACACCCACUCCCUCUCACCUCACACCCUCGCCCACUACCGCUCCUUCCUCCUUUCCUCGCUGCACCUCCCAGCAUCUUGGCCCAUCUUCUCAAUCUCCUUUCUGCUGAAACCACCUGGCGAUCUGGAUUCACCUGCGCCUGCCAACGCACCUGAGGCUGAAGAAUCACCUGAGAAAUCACCCGAGGAGCCAUCAGGAAAAUGGCCGCCGGGUGUUCCCAGGGGAGCUGUGGAACGCGAGGGAGGCGUGUUGUCGCCAUCCUCAGCUUCGGACAGUGACUAUCCGGACAGCAACCACUCGGACAUUGAGCAGUCGGAACAGCAGUUGUCGGAGCAGUCGGAACAGCUGGACACGGAAGUCCAGAAGUCAGAAGGCUCGGAUGGUAUCAAUGUUCCGGGCGAGAGAGACGAGCAGAUUAAUGUUGGCGCCCAAGGCGUGUGCGCUCUCUGCGCGAGUGUCAUUGCUGACGUCGACUCGCCACCUGCUGACGUGGAAUCCCUUCCUACUGACGUCGACUCCUCACAUGCUGACGUCAAUUCUCCGCUGUCUGACGUCGCCUCCUCUCCGGCUGACGUUGACUCUUUGCCUGCUGGCGGCUCCCUUACUCAAGUCGUCGAUUCCACUGCCUCGUUGAAUGGCUUCAAACUGGCAAGUCAGAAACGCUCUGAUGUGCCUGAGUGUUUGUCCAAUGACGGCUAUCAGACGGUUAAGCAGCCUGCUGAACUGAUGGCCGAACUCACGGCUGAAUUGACGGCUGACAAUGAGCAGCAGCCGGCUGUGACAAACGAUGAAAGGCAGGUUGAUGCUCCGAGCGUAGCCCGUGGUGCCUGUGGCGCCUGUGAUGCCUCUGCCAAUGAAGGGAAGGGGGUUGCAAAAGAAAGGAGAAAGAUCUGUCAGGAUGCUGCUUCUGGUGGUGGUGCUGGUAGUGGCGGUGGUGAUGCUGCUGGUUGGCACGAGGAGAAGGAGAGUGUAGGGCUGCUGGUGGAAGAAGAUGUCUCUGCUGCUGCAGGUGAAUACCACCAGUCCAGUAAUUCCAUCGGCGAUGGUGCUGCAGCUGCUGCCUUUGGCGCCCCAAAUCCACCUCCCGCUGCUGCUGUGUCUAGUGCUGCUGCCGCCAGUAGCAGCAACAAUCAGGCAGACUUCGCUCGGCGACUGGGAGACGCUCUGUUGCACGCCGCAGGUGCCACCUCCCCCUCUCCCUUGCUCAAGCCUGCAGCAGGCACAGAUGCACCGCCCCCAGGUGCCACCUCUGGCUCUACCGCCAGUGUUAGCAAUGAUCAGGCACAGAUGGCUCGGCGUCUGGAAGACGCUCUGUUGCACGUCGCAGGUGCCACGUCGUCCCCUCUGCUGCUCAUGUCGGCCUCUAAAGGCAACCCAGCAGAUGCACCGCCCCCAGGUGCCACCUCCUCUGCUCCGCCGCUCACACCUGCUCUUGGAGGAAACGCAGCAGGAACAGUUGCACCUCCCCCAGGUGCCACCUCCUCCGCGCUGCUGCUCGCGCCUGCUGUUAAAGGAGGCUCUCCCCUAGACGAGGCUUUUGGUUGUCUGGGCGGCCUUCCUGCCUUGGGGGGCCUUGCCUCGUCCCUGCUCGUGGUGCCGUUGGGGCCAGCAGCAACAAAUUCGCUACUGGUGGCUGUUAUGGGUGCUGCUGCCUCCGCCACUGUUGCUGCUGACGUGGGCAAACCGAAUGCUAGCAGCCAAUCGGUUGCUGCCGCCUCAUCCGCAGAAGUUGUUUCCUCUCGCUCGUCUGAUCCGGUACCACCGUUUCACUUGUCAACCGCGUUUGUGCUCUCUGCAACGGAACUAAACAAAAUCCGGUUUCUCUUUUGUGAAAGGAAAAGGGACGGGGAGAAAGGGAAAGAUAUGAGGCAGGAUACAGCUGCUUCUGCUGCGUCCCUGAAGCAGCUGCAGGCACGGUUUGACUCGCAUCGUCUUGCGCACCAAGACUCCCAGGGUGCUCCCGUCCCUAUCGCUCUCCUAGACGCCCACUCCCUCUCACCUGAUACCCUCGCCCAUUGCCACUCCUUCCUGCUCUCCUCGCUGCACCUCCCCGCCUCUUGGCCCGUCUUCUCCAUCCCCACACUGUCGAAACCACCUGGUGAGCUGAAUUCACCUGCACCUGUCAGCGCACCUGAGACCGACAAAUCAUCUAAAGAAUCACCUGAGAAGCCAUCAGGUCGGCAGGAGGUUCAAUCAAACCCCAAGUCAAUCAAGGCAGCCCAUUCAGAGGACUCCAACAAGAAUGCAGAACACCCGUCUGCUGGCGGCAAUUCAGAUGAUGUUGGUGAAAUGUGA